AUGGAAAACCCUAAGAAUAAUGAAGGAGAACAUCUUAAAGGGGAGGAGGCCCGGAGUGGGAAGAAGAUGAUUGUCCUCAAGAUAAUGAUGGGCUCGAAAAUGUCCGUUAAAAUAGUUGCAGCGGUUCAGGCUGCACCGCCCCACAUCCGAUUUCUUCUCGUUGCUCUCCUCCAUGAAACUCUGGACCAUAUUCACCAAGCACAGCGAGCUCAGCUCGAACUCGCCCGACCCACUGCCGUCGUCGAAGCCGUCCUUGUUGAAAUACGGCUCCUCGAUGCCAAUUCCACCGCAGCGAAGCUUCUCAAUACGUUUAUGAAUGGACGCUUGAGCCGAGACUUAGCCACCGGCUUGACCGCCUCGAACCUGGUUGCGUCUUCACGACUCAUGCGAAAAUCGAUUGGUGGGAUUUUCAUUGGGAAAGGCAUGAUCGGUGCGAUCAAAUUCACGGAAAGAAAAAAAAUGUCUCUCUCUCAGAAUCUCCGAUCUUCAAAAACCAGUAUUUUCUCCAUUUCCACCAGGCUAAAGAUUGUUCUUGAGUUUCCUAGUGAAAAAAAUUACACCAAAUUUGAGCUUUAG